AUCUGUGGAUAAUCCACUACUUUUCCCGCUAUUGUUCCUGAGAUCUAACCCAUUAGCGUUUCAACUUGCGAUAUCGCCCAUUAUGUCUUCGGGAUUAGCCUCUGAUGAGGUGGCUGAGGAUUACAAGAACUCUCUCGAAGAUCUCACCCUGAAUUCGAGAUAUGAAAUUAGCAAUCUAACAGUUAUCGCCAAGGAGAAUACAGAACAUGCGAUGGCCAUCUCAAGGGUGUUAGAAAACCAUAUCCGGACCGCACCUCCAAAUCGAAAACUCCCUGCGCUUUAUGUCCUCGAUUCUGUUGUCAAGAACGUAGGCACACCAUAUACUCUCUUCCUUGGACGAAAUCUCUAUCAGACUUUUAUGAAUGCGUAUACGCUGGUCGACAAUCAGAUCCGGAAGAAGUUGGAUGAGAUGCUGAAAACAUGGAAGGAGCCUGUUCCUGGCUCCAUGGAUACGCGGCCCGUCUUCCCUGUUGAAAUCACUCGUAGCAUUGAAAAUGCAUUGAUAAAGGCCAAGACAGCUGCAGUACAGCAGCAGCACCAACAAGCAAAAGCUCAACAGGAAAUAUUGCACCGGGGACGUUCCACUGCCACCCCUCCAAUGCAUUGGCGCAACACUCCCACGCCCCCGCAAAGUUCUACACCUUUUGCACUUCCAUAUGGCGCACAUGCCUCAGGCGUCCGUUCAGGAAACAAUAGCAACCACAAUAAUAAUAAUAAUAAUAACAACAGCAACGGCGUAACGCCGUCAUACGGAAAUCACAAGCAAUAUCCACAACAAUAUCCUCCUACACCUUUAUCACAGCCUGGCCCUUACCAGCAGCCAACGCAGACUCCGGACACUCUAGAUACAUUGAAUAAUGACAUUGCUAAUUUGAUCGAUGUCGCGCGCGCUGAAUUUGCCACAAAUCUAUAUGACCAAGGCGUACAAACAAGGCUGAAGGCGCUUCUUGACUUGCAAAGCAUUUUGCGCAGCCAAAAGUUGCCCCCAGAGCAGAUUAAGCUCAUCAGAGAUCAAGUAGCACAACUUUCUCUCUCUUCCAAGCCUACGCCCAUACCAGCUCCUCCAGUCAUAAAAGCGCCGGAGCCACCCCAGCCUCCCGCGCCUCAGCCUAAUGGGCAGCAACUAGGAGCGUCUUUGCAAUCUCUCUUUUCAAGUAACGCACUCGCUGAACUGUUGGCGUCUACGGCUAGGGCUCAGCAGAAGCCGACCCCGCCGCCUGUGCAGUCGGCGUUUUCUACACCGCAACCGCAACUCCCAUUUGCGCAGCCACAAGUAGCAGCGGCUCCAGUCCCGCCGGUGGCUACUGAAAAUCCAUUAGUAGCCUCAUUGCGAGCUGCCGGUCUACUUCCCCCCGCAAAUGUUCUAUCUACAGCAACACCUCCUGCGUUGCCCUUGAAUCCCGCCGUAUUCCCAAUGCCCCCUAUUGCCCCUCCUACGAUUCCCCUAAUGGGCACACCCCCUACUCAAUCUGCGACUCCCGCGCGUGCUGCGCUUGCGGAGAUUGAAAAUGAUGUGGAAAUGACCACUGCCUCCUUGAAAAUACCACGCCCUAAACUGAUAUCUACGUUAUAUGAAGCUCAGCCAAGCCAAUGCACAUCAUGCGGGCGAAGGUUCCCGACUACGGAGGAAGGCAGAAACAAAAAAGCACGCCACCUUGAUUGGCAUUUCCGUGUAAAUCAACGACUAGUGGACGUUGUUAAACGUGGUCAGAACCGGAGCUGGUAUCUUGAUGAAAUGGAAUGGAUUAACUAUAAAGAAAAUGACGAGGGCCUCAACGACACGAACUCCAAUGGGACGGCUGCUGCGGGUUCAGCUGAAGCAACCUCGGCAAAAUCGAAGAAAGAUCUUAAGAAUCAGUACAUUGCUGCUCCCAGCGACCCGGCCCUGGCUAAUGUCAGUUGCCCUAUUUGUCAGGAACGAUUCGAGACUGUGUGGCAUGAUGGCGCGCAGGAAUGGGUCUGGAUGGAUGCCGUACGUGUUGGUGGCAGGACCUAUCACGCAAGCUGUUUUGCGGAGGCUACUAAGGAUGGAAGAGGAGGUACUCCAGCUCGAGAUGCCACCCCUGAGCCUGUACUCGGAAAGCGAAAAGCAGAGGAUGGCGAUCUUAACGCUUUACGUGCGCGGAUCAAGAAAGAAAACAUCCCCUAACGCUUUCUGUCCAUUACAUCUGUUUGAAACUUUGCAUUGGCCUUAUUUCUGCGUGAGCGUUGCUAUGCAUUACUGGUGUUUGGUGUUUUUAUGAGCAUGGGGUUUGUCUAGAUUUCCCCCCAUGUCUGGGGUUUGCUUUGGGUUAGCAUUUCAUAUGUGGAUUCGGGACUUAUUAAGGGCGUGAAAACGCUCAAGAUAGCGAAAGCAUCAUAGUGUGAGCAAAAAUUUCAUGGAUUGAAGAGGCUGGUUUCAGUCAAAUAAGUUAGAAAAGCAAUCAGAUGGCUUGUGCAGUGUCUUGAUUUUGAAUUGCUCUUUGUAUUUGAUUCAACUCUCAU